UCCAGCAGGGGGAGAUAGUGAUCACAUUAACCACAUGAACCGAGGAAAGUAGCGUUGCUGUAGUAACGGGUAGGAGAGACGCUUUCGGCUAAUUCUCUUGUUAAAUACUCCGUUUAAAUAUGACUGUGUGAAGGAAAUUUAAAAAGCUGCAUGUGUGAUAUGGAGUGCUGACUGUGGCUACAUGAAUAACUGAAGACUAACCGUUAUUCACCACUACUGCAGUCUAACCUGAAUGACCCUUUUGGCUUUGACAUGUCAGUGAUAAACAGCCUCGUCCCAGCUCGGUUUCUCGUCAUCACCGCUCACCUUGUGAUGGUCAUCACCAUCUUCUGGUCUCGGGGAAACAAUGUUAAAUCAUGUUUACCACUGGACUUCACAGAGGAGCAGUACACGACUGAGGACAACCGGUUGAUUAUUGCUCUAUCAGUAACUCUGUGUCUAUUUGCCAUUGAAUUGUUUGGAUUCUUCUCCGGUGUCUCGAUGUUCAACAGUAACCAAGGAGUGCUGUCUAUGGCGUGUCACUGCAGCGCAUCCGUCUCUCUGUCUUUCUUCGUCUUUCAGCAGUGGGAAUGCUGGGUUUACUGGAUAGUCUUCGCAUUCUGCAGUGUCAUUCCUGCCCUGUGUGAGCUGGUACUGAUCAUCGCUGUGUUCGGACUGAAGAAGAAGCCGAUGUGAAGGUUUAAAUCUGUGUGCCUAGUAUGACGUCCACAUUAGUAGCACAGAUCUACUGUAUCUGUAACUUUAUAAUGAGCUAUGCAACAUCAGCAUUGGUGGAUAUUCCAGUGUUCUAAGAUCUGUAUUGUAUAAAACUGCAUAGUGCUGAAGAUUUUACCCCAAAUCAUGUAUAUUGCUACAAAUGACUUACCUCGGAAGUGGGAAGUCGGAGCUCCCAAUGACAUCAUUUUCGACCUCCGUGCUAUUGAGGUACAAAGUGUAUAUAUAUGUACAUAUUUUGUUAGCAACAAGCUAGCCAGCUAACUGUGCUGAGUGAUGUAUAUUUUCCUUUUCAAAACAGCACAUAUAGUCAAUGAUAUACUGUCGAUUUAACAAGUAAAUAUAUGUCUGUUGAUUGAUCUAAGGCAAAUACUGUAUAUACAUGUAUACAGCAUAAUUCAUUUAAUAGCAAAAUGAGCCAUGCUUAUUUGACGUCACCCCCUGAACUCGGAGGAACUCAUAGUUGAGAAGAUUACCCCGAGUUCACGGGUAGGAAUUUCAACUAUGAUUUUUUUUUUUUUUUAAAACAAGGAAUUAAAGUAUUUUUCACCAUUGUAUCCAAUGUUCUUGUACAUUAUAGAAAGAAGCUUGCAAAAGAGUAUUUUAUAUUUCAAAUUGCUUAGAGUAUUUCUAGAUGCUCAAUAAAGAUGACCAUGCACCACAAGGACCCUGCGCAUAUGAUAAAAAUAUUUGUAAAUAGCAAUACAAUGUUUAUUAUUAUUAUUAUUAUUAUUAUUACAGUAGUAGUAGUAGUAGUAGUAAUAGUAGUAGUAUUAGCAUUAUUAGUAGUAUUAAUUUUUCACAUAGUAAAUGGCACAGUUCCCACAAAAAUAAAACAAUAUACACAAACUUCACAAAUAAAAAUUGAUUCAUAAAUAUCAAAACACAAAAAUACUUGCCUGACAUUAAUUUGUGAAAUCUGCUGCCUUAAUUAAUUUGUUUGUUUAUCUCAGUAAGCUCACGUAUCUUACACUGGGGGUAUACAACUGUACACAAGAAGUUAAAU